AUGUUUGGUGGCUUUCCAUCAACUGCUUGGUUCGAUGUGGGAGACCUUUCAGAAGAUGCUCCUGAUGAUGUAGAGGGUUUGGAUGCUGCUGCAGCUCAUGUUGCAAAUUUGUUAUCAACAGAGCCCGCUGACAUUAAACUAGGUAUUGGAGGUUUCAGUACGGGUGCAGCAACCUCUUUAUACUCCGCGACCUGUUUUAUUCACGGAAAAUAUGGAAAUGGCAAUCCAUAUCCUGCCAACUUGAGCACAGUAGUAGGACUUAGCGGAUGGAAAAUUUCACACGUCAAGGAGAGCAUAGUAGGUUUCUAA